UGAGCUAUAAUUAGAAUAACAUAGUAAGAGAACGUGAGCUCGACGUCCAGAUUUAGCUAUUUUGGAAGAGAACACACUCUAAUUAUAAACGUGAUGUGGAUCGAGUCGCUGUUUGAACGAUCCGACUGCGAUUCCGCGCACUCAGUGGAGCCCUAUUGCGUUUUGUGAGCGUGUCGUGUGUUAGUGACAAUGGGUGAUGUAUCAGAACCAAUCAAGAAAUGCAUACUCAUCUUAAAAAAUGCAAGAAGCGACACCGAAAAAUUUGCUGCCCUGUUUAUGGUGACGAAACUGGUAAAAAGCAAGGACUGCAAUUCUACAGCGAAGAAAGCACUUUUUGAAGCCAUCGGAUUUCAAUUCCUCAAGAAGUUGUUGACAAGCAACAGUGUAGAAGAUGAUUGCCCUCCGUCUGUAUAUAAAUCGGUGGCAUUAUCUGUACUCACCAACUUCUGUAAUGAACCUGAACUUGCAACCCAUCCAGAAAUGCUGGCAAACAUACCAGUAUUCCUUGAUAUAGUACAAACAUCAGAUAAUGAUGACUACGAUGAUAACCUUAUCAUUAUUAGUGAAGCAUACACCUGCCUACAAUGCAUAGCUGAACAUGAAGCUGGCCAAAGAGCUCUUAUUGAUGUUGGUGCUAUAAAGAAAAUGUCUGAAAUCUACUCUCACCAAAGUUUCCAGACAGAUGAAGCACUAAAUAUCCUUGUGAAAUUGGUUAGUCGCUAUGGCCCUGCUGCGUGGGGAAGCGAUCCUAAACCAUUCCAUGCAUUGGUAAACAAAAUUGCUUUAGAUUUUGCAACAGAUCAGUCAGAGAGGAAAUUUGAAUUAGCCACAGUACUUAGUGCACUCUUGUACAGUUGCAACAAAUCUACCGUUUUGCCUGGAUCAUCAGAUGAAACAUGGCCUCAAAGUAUCUACAAAGCUCUUCAUGAUAUUCUCACAAGUAAAAUAGGUAAAAAUCAGAGAGAUCCUGCUUUGAAGUUAGCUGCCAACAUUGUUGAUCUGCUUGGUAUAGAAUGGACUUUUAAUGAUGAAGAAAAUCCUAAGAAAUUCUUCCUACUUCUUUUACAACUUUGUGCCAUUGAAGUAAGAAUGCAAUUGGAAGAUAGAAGCUUCAAGCAAGCAUUUGCUAAUGGAGAGUUAGUAACUGCCUGUUUCAUUGUCCUGGAAUUGUCUAUCAACUACAUGGCUACUGAUCAAUUGGACUUGGAGCAAAAAGAAAAACAAUCUGUUUACACUAGCUUAAAAGGAGCAUUCAAUGCUGUAGUUUCAUUACUGACAAAAGUGUCGAAUGAUAAAAACAAGGAUAAACUUCCAGAAGCUGAAAAAAUAUUUGUUGGAGCAAUGGUUAGAGUGCUGUUUGCCUGGAUAGCUCAAGAGACAACAGCGAUGAGAGAACAAAUCUACGCUUUACUGCCUUUUAUGUUUUCCCUUGCCAAUGAUUCGUUUCAUGCAUACAGAUCGAGAAAACUCGCUGAGAAAAAUAAAUCUGAAGGUGAACCAUUAGAUGAUAACUCCGGACUCAUGGGCCAAAUAGAUUUACUUCGUCUGAUGUUACCAGCACUUUGUCACUUAGCUGUUGAAGAUAAAGCCCGAGAUAUCAUGUUUAACCUAAAACAGGAAGACAUCUUAUAUGAAGCUAUGAAUUUCCACUGGUCUAUUGUGCAUUAUAAGAAACCUCCUAUUCCUAAGUCAGAAAGAGGCAAAGCUAGGACUCAACCAGAGCCAGAACUGGAUCCCAAGUUAUUGGAAGAUAUGAAGGAUUCAAGAGCUGCCAUGGUUAGCCUGUGCAACAUUUUCAUGAACCUGACAGUGUUGGCACCUAAAAUUGUUGACAAUAGCAUGCUGUUUAACACUCUACUCAAAUUCAUUUUCAACAAUUUACCAGAAUUGAAGGACAUCCCUGAAAAUCUUGUCUUACAUGGACACUUGGCAGUACUGGGAUUACUUUUGUUCAAACAACAAGCAAACAAAGUGAAAAAGAAUGAUUUUUCAAUUUGUAGAUAUAUUCAAUCAACUAUCAGGUUUCUUUGGGAUGCAUACAAUGUAGAUGAAUCAAAUGAUCCGACUGCUUUAGUUGUGUCCAUGAGCUAUAAGGAACACUGGAAUGAAAUUGCAGAUUUAUGGUUCCUAGGAAUGCAGACAAUGAGUGGAGUAUUAACUAUAGUUCCUUGGAUAUCAGAAUUUGCUAUUGAAAGUGGUUGGGCCGGUGGAAUAAUUGAAAUGCUUGUGAAAGUUAAGAUUGGUACACUGGCUCCAAACGUUAAGUCAGCCUUUGAAGAUUUUCUUUGUAGAUUAGUUGACUCAAACGAAAGUGUUAUACCUGUCCUCAAAAAAGCAGGUGCCCUAAAAAUGUGUCGGAAUCAUCGACUAAUGGAUCUUGGCAAGAAAUUAUUUGGUGACUAGGCAAUUUAUUUAAUAAAAUUUUACUUUUCGUAGAAAGGUAACAAUGUUGUAUUCAGUAUUUACUUCUAAACAGUUCAUUUUCAAUAAGUCAACAUGAUCCAGUUUUGAUUCACUUGUCAAUAUGCAUUAUGUCUGAAACAUAUUACAACAUUUAAUAACUAACUGAAAAUAUUGUUUUGUAUUUUUGAAAUAAAAACUUCAAACGCAA